CUCGUCAACACUUCUACCUGGGCCGGUUUGUCAUAUCGCCUGAGACGUAACAGGUUGUCAGGUACCAGUCCGCUAAUAUGGCCGCCUUAAUCAAUACUUUCCUUUUGUUCGUGCUUUUUACCUUCCUUCCUGCAGCAGACUGUGUCUGUUCCUGCCCCGACGGAUGGGUCGUGUACAAGAACUCUUGUUACAGCUUCAACACAACCUGGCAACCAUAUGACACCGCUAAGGCUAUCUGCAAGACCUACAACUCCUACUUGGUCAGAAUAGAAGACAAGGACGAGAACAACUUCAUCAGUAAUUUCAUACUGAAUUUUAAAUCUGACUUUGUGGCGUGGUUCGGAGCAAAUGACAAAAUCCAGGAGGGCAACUGGAUUUGGGGUGAUAGCGGGGUCAAGCUGACCUACUCAAACUGGGGAAAUGGACAGCCUGGCUCUGAGAGCGGCAACGAGGACUGUGGGUUACUGCAGAACUACGGCUCGACGUUCAUGUGGUAUGACGCCAGGUGCAUUGAUAACGCUGGCCACAUAUGUGAAAAGUCCGCAUCUGGUGACAAUCUCGUUGGAUAAGCCUCAUUAUGCUUUCCUUGUUUUGAAUGUAAUACAGGAACUGUAUAGCUUACUGAAUAAACAUAAGAGAAAACAA